AUGUCGCUGGGCCGCUGGCCGAGGGGCAACGCCGAUUUCGGUCGGUCAGCGACCAAUACGCACGCCGCGAUUGGCUGCGGUGGCGAAGACGGCGGGGGCCGAUGUCGGGGGGCUCGGCGGCUCGCUGCGUUUGCCUCGGGCGCCCCGUUUGACUCAGUCCCUGCGACAACGGACCAGUCGAGGUCUGUGCAAAUUGCAGACUCAGAAGACCGAUCUAUGCAAUAG